CAGGUGAAGUUCCGAAAAAGCAGCUCGCGCUUCUUUCUCCCUCAGACUGACUCUAACGUUGGACAUGGCGGUGGCAGCGAGACUCAGCUUCGCCGUCGGAGUCUUGACCGUGGUUCAGUUUAAGUUCACCGUUGAGGGGAUGAGAAGUGCAGCAGUCUCAUAUGCAAUGCCUGGAGGGUUUACUGAUGAAGUGAGGGCAGCCAUGGACUCGAAACUCCACAAAGAGCAAAGAGAGCCACGGGCGAAGCAGCUGGCCUCCCUCAGACACACGGGCCACUCGCGGGCCACUCAGGUCCAGGAGCGAGGGCAAUACCAGGAGCACGGCAGGCCGGACUCUGAACGUCUGCAUGAUGUAGUGACCAAUGAGAGCCAUGGAAACAACUCUCAGAUCGAGCGAGACAUGGAUCACAUCUACUACAUCUCCAAAAUCUACACACUCACGGGUGCUGCAGGCAGGCACUUGUGGAUAAACAUUGAGCAGAUGGACAAGGGAAAGGUUCAUGGUGUCCUUUCCAACACCCACAGACAAGCUCUGAGACUCAACUUGUCCUUUGAGUUCCCCUACUAUGGACAUUUACUGAGAGAGAUCACCGUCACUACUGGUGGUUUCCUCUACACAGGAGAUGUUAUCCACAAGAUGCUGACAGCCACUCAGUACAUCGCCCCACUCAUGGCCAACUUUGACCCUAGUAUUUCUUCCAAUUCCACCGUCAUUUAUUUUGACAAUGGCACAGCUCUUGUUGUGCAGUGGGAUCAUGUUUACCUCCAAGACAGCUCACAUUUGGGUAGCUUCACCUUCCAGGCCACUCUGCACAGGGAUGGCAGGAUCACCUUUGCUUACAAGGAGAUUCCCGUUCACAUAAGUGAGAUCAGUACAGUGAAUCACCCUGUUAAAGUUGGCCUCUCUGAUGCCUUUGUGGUACUUCAUAAGAUUCACCAGAUUCCUGACAUCCGGAGAAGAACAAUAUAUGAAUACCAUAGAGUUGAGCUUCUCAAAUCCAAGAUUUCCAACUGUACUGCUGUUGAGAUGCUGCCUCUACCAACCUGCCUCCAGUUUUCCAGUUGUGAAAGCUGUGUUACAGCUCACAUUGGCUUCAACUGUAGCUGGUGCAGCCGCCUCCAGAGAUGUUCCAGUGGCUUUGACCGAAAUCGUCAGGACUGGGUUGACAGUGGGUGUCUAGAUGAGAUGAAGGACCAGAGCUGCAGUCAGACUGUAAAUAUAACCCAACGCCUCAAUGUAACCAUUACACCUCCAGUCAAUAGAGCCAUAGACCCAGCAACCACUCUCAGGACAGUGAUGUAUAAGGCCACUGCCAAGCCUACCAGAACCUCUACAACAGCCAGAGCUAGCAGUACAGCCUCUCUUCCCACCGUCACCCCUGCUGAGGAUGACACAAACAUUGCACUUCAUUUGACUGAAGACGGAUCCUCAGAGACGGAGAGCCCAGACAAGCAGAGUGAGGAGCAGCUGCAGACGAGCCUACUCGUAGGCAUUUUGGUCACUGUGUUCCUUAUGGUGACCGCUAUACUUGUCACAGUCUACAUGUACCAUCACCCCACCUCCAGCGCCAGCCUGUUCUUCAUAGAGAGACGGCCAACAAACUGGCCUGCAAUGAAGUUUCGUCGGGGCUCCGGGCAUCCAGCUUAUGCAGAAGUGGAGGCUAUGGGUCGAGACAAGGAAGGCUUCAUUGUAAUUGAGCCUAAAGACAGCUUCAUUAUUUCAGACCGGCGGGAGAGCGCAUUUACAACAGACCAAAGAGACGGCUUCAUUGUGCCUGACCAGACAGAACGCUUUCUUGUAGUGGAUCACUGCUGACGCACAAUCCCAGUCCAAGCUGAAUCUGGAAGAGACUGUUAGAUAGAAACAUACCUCGGAACAAUGAGGUUUUCUCCUCUCAACUCUUUAUUUAUUCUGCUAACAACUGUGGACACAAAUCAAUUGAACACUAAAUUGUGAAAGUGAUGCUUUCAUUUUUAAAGGCAAGGACUAUGAUUGUUUCAGAGGUUACACUGUAUUCUUUUGGCACUACAUAACAGCUUCUUCUGAUACUGGAAAAAUAUUUAACAGUGUCUUGACAUGGUGCGAUGGUACACUCUCCUUGAGUGUUUUCACUCUGCCGAUAUUUUCAGCUAUAAAG